AUGUCCUUAAUAAAAAACUCCACAGAAUAUAAAAGCUCCGAUAAUGAGCAAGUAAAUUUAGUUAUAUCUUCAAACUCAAAUAAUAUUUGGAGUAAAGAGGAUAUGGUGGCCUCAACCCAAGAAAAUAAUAAUAAUAACACAUCAAGCAAUACUGAAUAUACAGAUCUAUCACAACUCAACUCAUUAAUCUAUUCUCCAACUUUAUCUUCCUCAUCACAAGAUUUAGAAAAUAGUUUAUCAACAGAUGAAAGCAUUAUAGCAAUAGCUCAAAGUAAUGAUUUAUUUUUACAAGAAUAUAUUAAUGUAGAAGAGUUACAAAAAUACACAGACAAGAUUUUUUCAUGUUCACUUCCAACUACUCCUACUAUCACACCUUCUACUACACCUACUACACCUUCUGCUUCUUUAGUAACUCCUGUUAAACCAAUUAAACCCGCAUUACCACUUAAAUCUACAGUAUCCACACCAAAUUCUGAUAAUGAUGAUCUUUCUAUUAAUGAUGAAUCAAAUCUUAAAAAGAAAGCAGCAGGAGGUCGUAAGAGAAAAGCUGAAAGUUUAGAAGAGAAAGAACAAAGACAGCGUGAAAGAAUUUUAAGAAAUCGACACGCUGCUCAAAUGUCACGAGACAAAAAAAGAAGACAAAUGGCUGAUCUUGAAUCUCAAAAUCUUUUACUUAAAGAAGAAAAUGAGCAUUUAUCUAAAAGAUUAAAAGUAGUUGAAGAAGAAAACAUCAAUCUAUCUGCCAAGCUUGAUGUUAUUUCAGCACAAUUAAGUGAAAUUCAAUCGCACCUAGCUGUUUCCGAGAUGACCAAAGUCCUACUUGACGGUGUUCGCGGAUCUGCAGUAUCCGCGACCUUGGAUUAUGACUCUAACGCAUCGAAUAAUAAUAAUGAAGUCCCAGCAGCGGCACGUCAAGAUGAGGAACCUUUACGGGAUAUUAUCACAGACCCAUUCUAUACCGACUUGGAUGCUUCAACAACCGCAACAAAUAAUGAAGCAAGUGUUCUUGAUCUUUUCGAUAGUUUUUUGGACUAUGACUGGUCAGAUAAAGAACUUUCAACUAUUGGACAAACAGAUGGGAUUUGUUGA